UUAAAAUUGCACAAACAUAAACGUAUAACUUUGAUUUGAAAAAACAUAGAACAAAUAAAAAGGGGAAAAAAAACGAGAGUAAAUUUCCAUUUUAAGGAGACGAUGUUGCACGCGCCGCGAUUUCGUCGCCCCUUCUCCGGACGCUAAAUUCAAAUGCGGCGGUCCCCACUCUCCAACGCAACCUCAGUCAACUGCCGAUCUGCCUUCCGCCGCUGAUCGGAGUUGGAAGAUGAAUGUCGCCGGUCGAUUGAGUGGAGCGGAGAAAGAGUAUUUGAAGAAGCACCACAGGCAUGAGAUUAAGGACGAUCAAUGCUCCUCCUAUCUUAUCAAACGCGUCAAGGCGCCUCUUCAUCUCGUUUGGUCACUGGUGAGGAGAUUUGAUCAACCACAGAAGUAUAAGCCUUUUGUGAGUCAGUGUGUAGUGAAGGGAGAUCUUCAGAUUGGCAGUUUGAGGGAAGUUAACGUAAAGUCGGGCCUUCCGGCUACGACAAGCACCGAGAGAUUAGAGCUUCUUGACGAUGAUAAACACAUACUCACUGUAAGGAUUGUUGGUGGAGAUCACAGACUUAAAAACUAUUCUUCGACUGUUUCUGUACAUCCUGAGGUAAUCGAAGGGAGACAAGGGACUCUGGUAAUAGAAUCCUUUGUUGUUGAUGUGCCCGAAGGAAACACAAAGGAUGAAACUUGCUACUUCAUCGAAGCAGUUAUCAGCUGCAAUCUCAAGUCACUUGCCGAUGUAUCAGAACGGCUCGCCAUGGAUGACAACACAAUCCGUUGAUCGUGUACAGCCAACAUUUUUGGCGCUAAAGAGGUAUUUUUUUUAAAGCUUUUAGAGGCAUAUUAGUCGUUACUAAGCGUCUCUUUAAGCCCUAAUGUAUUCUAAAUUUACUUAAUCGACUCGAUUUGUGUCUUAAUUCGGUUAGUAGCUAAAGAUCUAGAGAUAUUGUAAAGAUUUGUAGAGGAUAAGUAGAGACAAA